AUGGCACCAUCCAAUUCACCGAAACCGAAUCCACGUUCGCAUAAGAAGAAAAAUUCAAAAAACCGUGUCAAUGACGGAGAAGAUGCUAAAUUUCUGGACGGUUUAGGAAUAACCAGGAGAAGAAAUGGAACGUUCGGAAAAAAACGACCAGACCCGAUGAUUUUGCAAGCUCGGAAAGAGGCGAAGGAAGCAGAACGUAAAGCUAAGAAAGAGAAGGAAGAAGCAGAACGGAAAGCACUACUUGCUCAACUGCGUUUUCCGAGAGAAUGCCGACUUCCGAAACCUAAAGAGAAUAGUGGAAGAAGCAAAAUAGAAGAAGUACUGUCAUCAGAUGAUGAAGAAGAAGAAGAAGAAGACCAGAACGAUAAAGACUACGUAUUCUCAACUGCGUAUGGAAAACAAAGGAAGAGAGGUUCUGGUAUAAGGACCUCGAAAAAGAGUGGAACUGGUUCAAUGGACAAACAAAUGGCAGAUACCAGUGUUUCCGACGAAGAUGAUGAAGAAUAA